UAUCAUCCGAGGUGAGCUUAAAAUUAGUCCGCCAAAAGCUCGCUUCUCGCCAAGUCGCCUGAAAUUCAAACUUCGGUUUUCAAACUAAAUCGCAAAUAAAAAGUUUCCAAAUUUCUCGAAGUGAUUAAAAUGACGAUCGAUUCUGCGCAAAAAGGAUCCGCUAGUUUGGCUGCAAAUACUUCUGGGCCAACAAGAAUAGCCUACUACAAGAUCUCAAAUCUCGAAAAAGACGCUUUUUGGCUCCGUUUUAGGGCAUUCGUUCAAGCCAUAGGCCAUGAAGUGGACUUGUUUCCUUCCUUGAUGGGCCAUAGCAAAAAUGUGGCCAAAAGUAGCGAAGUGUUCUCGAAGCCGGAAACUUUGAGGUGGAACGGAGGCCAGAGCUUCGCUGUAAUUGACAAAUCGAAGCGAUGCACGGAUGAACAAAUCUGGCAGCCUGAAGUGUUGUCUAUAGAUGAAGUUCAUCAUUUCACCCCGCCAAUGCAGUCGGAAAAUGUCUAUGUGAACACGCUGAAGUCUUUCCUGUUCAAGCUUUUCGCUGACAAAGAUGUGAUCAACUUUCUUUCACUGAUGUCAAUGAUCGAUCCUUUCUCCGAGCAGUUUUGCGAGAUCGUCGUGACUCGAGAAUCCAUCAAUGAUGAACCAUCUCGAGGCCUUGACUUGGUCGCCCAGUUGAAGAAGCUGAAAUACUUCUUAAACCUGCCUAUUGGUCAAGUAUUGCAACUUCUGUCUCAACUAUCAACCCAAAUAGUCAUUUGCGACUCUUCUUUUCGACAGAAAAGUAACUCAAACUGGGUCUUCGUGUUUGCCUCAUUCGUAAGCGGGUUAUACCGAAGUGAUAAUGAGUUCGCGAAAAGCGUGCUGAAAACUCAAUUCAAGACUUGGAUCGCAUCUCACAGUGAGCCAGCGCUUUUUGGAUACAAAGCACUUCAGGGUAAACUGGAAAAAGCGGACCCACAUUCAAUUUUUCCAACCUCAAUCUACCGACGUUGCGAUGGGCGGACCUUUGCCUCGUCAGACGCUCAGACUAUUGAAGCCGUCAUGGAUACCGUCUUGACUACUACGAUCAAAAUCACCAGAAAUGUUCUGGAUCCAAAAACAAACCAUCUGCUUGCCGACGUGUAUCGUCCCCUCGGAAGAGUCGUAGUGAUCGUGGACGAACGAGUUGACGACAACGGGUACUCGGAUACGAUCCGAAACUACUUCGCGCACUUCAAUAUCGAUGCUACUAUUCUCGUUUUUGGCGGCGACGAAAUCCACAAAGACAUGUCAACUGUCCAGAAAAUGCUGAUUGCUCUCAAGCACAACAAUGUCAGCCGGAACCAACCUGUACUUGUCGUUGGAGGAGGUGUGAUCUCAGAUACAGCUGGUCUUGCAUGCUCUUUGUACCAUCGAAAUACCCCAUACGUCAUGCUGGCAACAUCAAUAGUUUCUGGAAUUGACGCCGGACCUAGCCCUCGAACCUGCUGCGAUGGAUUUGGAUACAAGAAUCUGUACGGAGCAUACCACCCUCCCGUUCUGACUUUGACUGACAGAAUGUUCUGGAAGAGUCUAAAGACUGGGUGGGCUCGACAUGGCAUUGCUGAGAUAGUAAAAAUGGCCUGUGUAAAAGACGUUCGCGCGUUUGAGCUGCUUGAAAAAGCGGGUAACAUCCUAGUGAAAACAAAGUUUGGAACUGAAAUGACUUCAAAUGAGUACUCGAGGACCAAACUCGAAGCAGAUCUCGAAAAGCAUGGGUUUGCCGACGAGCAUGAGUUCCAAGACACCUGUGAUGAAAUUGUUGGUCGGGCAAUGGAGGGCUAUGUACGCUCAGAGUACGGUAACUUGUGGGAAACCCACCAGGCAAGGCCUCAUGCCUAUGGGCAUACAUGGUCACCGGGGUAUGAACUUCCGGCUGGUAUGUUGCAUGGCCAUGCUGUCGCCACUUGCAUGGGUUUCGGUGCUUUCUUGGCCCGAUACCACGAUGAGUGUCAGGAAAUGGACGGUGAGCACAGACCGUGGAUUUCAGAUUCUGAUCUGAUGCGGAUUUUGAAUCUGAUCAGUGACUUGGAACUAACUCUGUACCAUCCCAUCAUGGACAAGGUGGACAUCAUUUGGGCUUCUCAGCUGAAAAUGACGGCCAAGAGGGGAGGAAACUUGGCAGCUCCUGUGCCCAAGGGCGAAAUUGGAAAGUGUGGAUACAUAACAACAGUUGACGAGGAGUGUCUGCACAGAUCGCUUCAAGCGUACAAAGAGUUCAUAACAGGGGUGGACCAGAAUAACAAGCCAAGAUUCGUCAGAAAUGGGUUCGGAGUUGAAAUGCACUGCCAUGACGUGGGACUCCAGGAUCCGAGUACUGUUAUUCAACCUGGAGAUCUUCAGGUUGAAAUCAAACCCACCAAAAACACUGGAAAGAAACCCGCGCCACAGCCGGAACGGAAGCCAGCUGUUGAACAAAACAACCAGAAGUCAAGUCAGCCAAGCUCUUACCAAGAGUGGAUUGCUCAGAUGCAAACUAAGCGACACAAGAAUUCUUCAAAGGCUAUCAACGAACAAUUUCAUGAGUCAUCUUCCGAAUAUGGUCCUUCGUUUUUGGAGGAAAAUACUCCUCCGUCUUUUCCUUAUUUCCAUCUGUUUGCCGACGACACUGCCGAAAAGUAUGCUUUGAACCAGACGACAAGUUGUUCCGACAAUCUGCGGAUCGCAGCCCAAAUAACUGACAAAGAAUCGUUGUUCCUGCCUUGCAUGGUCGGCGCUUUGGAGUCUCAGUUUCUGAAGAUGAUUGCUAGCAUCUCGAACUGCAAGCGUGUUCUGGACGUUGGAACGUUCACUGGAAUGAGCGCAAUCUCAUUUGCCGAAACUGGUGCGGAAGUUGUGACUCUGGAAUUCGACGAAAAGAUAGCUAAAGUCGCUCAAACCAUUUUUGAUAAAAUUGACAAUGUAGUUGGACGUCGAAUCACUUUGAAAGUCGGCUGCGCCAAUCAGACGAUGAAAAACAUGGCCGCCAAAGGUGAAAAGUUUGAUCUCAUUUUCUUGGAUGCUGAUAAGGAUAACUAUGAGACCUACUAUCAAAUUGCGAUGGACGGCGAGCUUCUAGCCGACGGAGGUUCGAUUCUCGCUGACAACUCAGCUUGUGCGUUGCUUUACGAUGAAAACGAUGAAAGACGAAACGCUUUGCAUCGUUUUAACCGAAAAGUCGCAAACGACGAUCGAGUUGAACAAGUUCUGCUAACUAUUCGAGAAGGAGUGACUAUGAUCAGGCGAAAACGAGAUAUGAUGGUAAAUGCGGCGAGUUCGGCGGACUCGGCAGAAAAAACUGAAAACCAAAAUGUGCAAAUUCUUGAAGAUAUCAGCAGCUGAGACUGAGCGAUAACUUCAUAGUCUAAGUAUUUUAAUAUCAAUUUGUAAUAUUUUAUUUCUAGAAAUUGUAUUAAUUGACGUGCAGUUAAUAUUUCAAAUUAAAAUUUAUUUACUAUUUUGAACUACAAAUACGAAGUACUGCUUUGUCUUAUUUGUAUUUGAUUGAAUUAAGUCUUAGAAAUUG